AUGUCUGGAAAUCCGGACUCGUUCGAAAAUGAUCCAGGAUUCCCAUAUUUGGGAAUGAGUCGUGAGGCUCGUGCCGCUUCCGCCGCCCGACCGUUCGACUCGAAGAAGAACUGCUGGAUUCCGGACCCAGAAGAUGGAUUCGUCGCCGCUGAAGUUCAGUCGACGACUGGCGACCAAGUGACCGUCGUCACCGUCAAGGGUAAUCAAAUUACCGUGAAGAAAGACGAAUGCCAGGAAAUGAAUCCUCCCAAGUACGACAAAACCGAGGAUAUGGCUAAUUUGACAUUUUUGAAUGAGGCCUCGGUUUUGGCAAAUCUCAAAGAUCGUUAUAAGGAUAUGAUGAUUUACGUAAGAAUCUAG